GCCAUUUUAUCUCGCAUACCGGUAAUCUGUUUCUGUUGUUCAUUGUUUGAUCUAUUCCAUUCCAUUAGUCGUAAGAGGAAGUAUUUGAUAUUAAAAGUGUUUUUCAUUCCGUGAUUUUCUCGUCUAUUUUAUAAAACAUUUUUUAUAUUUUUUUUUAUAAAAUAUAAAAUUUUUUUUAUAAAAUAUAAAAUAAUGAAAGGAUUAGUUGCUCUUGUAACCGGUGGUGCUUCUGGAUUAGGACUUGGUGUUGUACAAAGAUUUAUAAAAGCAGGUGCUAAAGUAGUUAUUGCAGAUUUACCAAUAUCUAAAGGAAAUGAAAUUGCUAAUGAAUUUGGAGAAUCUGCUAUUUUUACACCAACAGAUAUAACAUCAACAGAAAAUGUAAAUAAUACUAUAAAUGAAAUAAAUAAGAAAUUCAAAAAAUUGGAUGUCAUAGUAAAUGCUGCAGGAAUAGCUCUUGCCUACAAAGUAUAUAAUUUUAAUAAAAAUAUACCACAUGAUUUAAAUCAAUUCAAUAAUGUGCUUAAUGUAAAUGUUUCUGGAACAUUUAAUAUUAUUAGAUUAUCUCUACCACUUAUGUAUAAUAACACACCAAAUAAAGAUGGAUUACGUGGAGUAAUAAUUAAUACAGCAAGUGUUGCAGCAUUUGAGGGACAAAUUGGUCAAGUAGCAUAUUCUGCCAGCAAAGCUGCAAUUGUUGGAAUGACUUUACCAUUAGCUCGCGAUCUUGCUAAUAUUGGUAUUCGUGUUGUUACAAUUGCGCCUGGAAUAUUUGAUACACCUAUGCUAGGAAAUUUACCAGAAAAAGUGCGUCUUUAUUUAACGAGAUCAGUACCAUUUCCAAAGAGAUUGGGUACUCCUGAUGAAUAUGCUCAAUUAGCUCAACACAUUGUUGAAAAUCCUCUCCUGAAUGGAGAAGUGAUAAGAUUAGAUGGUGCUCUUAGAAUGCAACCUUAAUAAAAUUGUUUUGUAUUGUUAUGUAAAUAUGGAAUUGGAUAAAGAGGAAAAACAUGGAUAUUGUAAACAAAAAUUGUAUAAAAAUAUACAAAAAUGUAUAAAAUGAAUAAAACAAUUAACAAUUUUACAUGCAACACCAUUAUAAUUCUCUUAAAAUGUACACAAACAACGAAAAGUUUCCAUCUAUUAUAGGUAUUGACAAUUUUCUUUAUUACCUUAUAACUGUACAUUAAUGUGUUGUAAAUAGGUUGCAAAAGUCGCAACAUCUUUCUUUAAAUAGUUCACUAGAGUAUCAUCUAGCAAAAAAGUUGUGUACAUAAUAUUAACAUAAAAAUU